AUGGCGGCCGGUAUCCAGGGAAAGUGGCACGUCGCCAAUGGCUUGGUGGGAUCGCCAUCCCAAGGAACAAAUGGUCACCGCCAGCGCAAGCGCAAGCGCUCUCCUGCUGGAACACUGAAGGCUCAGGCUCAGCAAAGCCCUUUUUCACUUUCGGGAACUCUAGCGCAAGACGAGUUGCUCGACUACUACACAGUUGAACCCCGCCAACAAUGGGACAAAAUGAGUCGAUAUAAUAGCUUCAUUCUCAAGGACAAGAAAUUCGAGCGGGGAGACUUCGCUCUGGUGGCCAACGAAACGACUCUCAAGAGAGCGAAUAAUGCACGAGACUCGAAACAGACCACCGACGAAUCGAGUCACUUCUGGAUCGCCUACAUCCUAGAAAUUAGAGCUGCUGAUGAGAAUAGGGUGUUUGCUCGGGUUUACUGGAUGUACUGGCCAGAUGAACUACCGCCAGGUACGUUCAACGGCGAGAAAUCCAUCCGAGGACGCCAGCCAUACCAUGGUCGCAAUGAGCUUAUAGCAUCCAACCACAUGGAUGUCAUCGAUGUACUGUGCGUCGAGGGGCCUGCAUCCGUGAAGAAAUGGAUGGAAUCCUCAGAUGACGAGCUCAAUUCAGAUUUCUUUUGGCGACAGAGAUUUGACUGUCAUCAGAAACGACUCACGUCUGUCGAACAAAUUUGUAGAUGCGAGCUCCCUGCUAACCCACACCGACGCACAAUCGGCUGCUCAACAUGCGGCAUGUGGUUUCAUGAAUGGUGCCUCAUAUGGGACACUCUUGAACGGCUUCGAAAUAGACUACAGGACGGUGAGGGCACCCUCCCUGGGAAAUGGACGCGAGCCGACGGAAGUAAUUGCCCGGGCGAUCUCAGUUGCUCCGAUGCGGAGACGGAUGGCCAGGAGACACUUGCCAUGAUGUCAAAGGGUAUGGAUAUCUUAGAAGCCAUCGUAUCCCGAUCAUUGGCACAGUUGCUAGAGCACGGGCGUGAGGACGAGCAGACCGAGACGGUAGCGCGGGAACCUAAUCCUUACAGGACGCUACCGAGUCCGUUCGAGGCGAUACUGAAGUUGGAUGAGGGAACGAUCGUGGUGGAGAUUAAAAACUCGAGGAAGGAAGGACCUCGGUCUACAUUCUUGGCUGAGGUUCACUGCUCAGGUUGCGGCGGCCCCAUGAGAUGA